CACCAACGUCCACUCCCUUUAGCUCGCCGCCACGACCAGCGACAAAGACAUGAACAAGCGACCUGUAGAUCCAAACGGCGAGUCUUCUGUAGCCAAGAAACUCAAAAGUGACAACACCUCCCCAAAUGGCUCAUCCUCUACCUCUAGUUUGUCAGUAGAUGAGAUCGCCCGCAAGCGUGCAGAGGUCUUGGCCAAGGUUGCUGCCAUGAAAGGCGGCCCGGCUGCUAGACUCCCUGCCUCAGCAUCUGUCUCUGCGCCGUUUACGCCCUCGACGCCUUCCCCGGGUCCAGGGGACUCUCAUUCUGGCUCGCCCGCGCCAAGUUCCGGUGACCUUGCCAGACGAGUUGCAGAGGCGCAGCGUCGUGUAUCAGAGGCACAGGCAAAACUCGCUGUCAAGGAUAACCCUUACAUGUCGAUGCCACAGCUCAGUAAGAGGAAUGUCCGCAAGCCCGCUGAGCCCGUUCAGCAAGGUGCAGGCCUCAAGAUGACCGCCCACCCACUCCUUCUCGACACUACUCCUUCUGCGCCUCAGUCUAAGAAGGACCGAUAUAAGCCCAUGCAACCGAAGUUUGCCUCAAUCAAAGCAAACAUCCGAAACGCCCCAACACCGCCCCCAGCACCUACGCCUACCCCCAUCCAAGAGGACAAAGCCAACCCCUACGCCGCAGGCUCAAGCGUCGCCGCCGCCAAAGAAGCCAGCGGAUUCGAAGGCGCCCCCAAGGAGCGCAAUGCGCGUAACUUCCGGUUCAAUCCCAAGGGCAAAUACGUCUCAAUGGGUAACCAGCUCCGCCAGGAGCAGCAGCUCGAAGCGCUCAAGGCGCGCAUCGCCGAGAACGCCAAACGUGCUGGCCUCGACGCCGAGUUCGAGACACUCGAGACGCACAUCAAGCGUGCGCCGCCGCCCGAGGCAGAGUGGUGGGACGUGGCUCUGCUCCCGAACAAGAAGUACGAGGACAUCGAACUUGGGAUGGCUGCGCUCAAUAUCAGGCGCGACGAUUCGCCCAUCACGCUUUACGUCCAGCAUCCCAUCCCUAUUCCUGCCCCUGCUGACAAGAGUCAGCUGGCUCUCAAGCCACUGAAGCUUACGAAGCAGGAGCAAAAGAAGAUGCGUAAGCAACGGCGACAGGCAGAACUCCAGGACAAACGCGACCGCGUUCGUAUGGGUCUCAUCCCGCCUGACGCGCCCAAGGUCCGCCUCAGCAACCUCAUGCGCGUGCUUACUUCCGAUGCGGUGCAAGACCCAACGCGCGUCGAAGCCCGCGUCCGCCGCGAAGUCGCAAUGCGCAGGCACACGCACGAGAAAGCCAACGCGGAGCGCAAGCUCACAGACGACCAGCGCCGCGAAAAGAUCGAGCAGAAGCGCGCCGACGAGGAAAAGAAAGGCAUCGCCGCCGCCGUAUUCAAAGUCAAAAACCUCUCUGACCCGGCGCACCGCUUCAAAGUCCGCAAAAACGCAGAACAGCUCGGCCUCACCGGCAUCUGCCUAUUCGGACCCUCCUUCGCGCUCGUCUACGUCGAAGGCGCCACCAAGUUCCUCCGCCGCUACAAGAAACUCAUGCUGAACCGCAUGGCAUGGACCGAGGCCGCCCGGCCCCGCGGCGGCGAAGCCGAGAUCGACGAAGGCGACGCUUCAGACGAGGACGGCGAUGCCAGCGCUGAUGUGCCUCCUGCAGCAGACGACGCCAAGGGCAAGGCAAAGGACGAGGGCGAGGGCAAGGGCGAGGCAGAGGACGCGAGCGCCUCGUUGGUGGACAACGCGUGCUACAUGGUGUGGGAGGGCCCCGUGCGCGAGCGUGCGUUUCACCAGUUCCGGCCUCGCGCAUGCGGUACGGACGCUGGCGCGAAGGAGGCGCUCGGCUCGCGCCUGGCGGGAUACUGGGAUAUGGCGAAGAACUGGCGUCCGGAGGAUGAGGAGAUGUACUAGGUUGACGUACCUGUGGACAAUACCUUCCGCUGCAUAAUGUUCGCGAGGGUGAUUCUAGUUUGCUCAGUCUUAUAGCUAGCCUUAGUGAAGAUGGGCAUGCAAUAGUCAUAAUGUCA